CAAUCUGCUCUGUCAAUCAUAGUGAGUGUUAAAUAGAAGGCUGACCAAAGCUGACUAGGCAUCGAGGGGUAGCACUAACCUGCCCCACUGCGCGCUGUUUCCCCAAACCAGGAAAACGUCAUAUAUACCGGCAUUUAGCGGAACCUUCGGUAGACCGCUUCCAGUACCAAGACCAAAAUGUAAAUACAGACGGUGUGCUCUUGACUCUUCAGCCAGAGCUCGACAGUCACAUACCUUCCUUGCUGCAGCUCAAUUGCCCCUCCAAUCCCCCCACCAUGCCCGACCCCCGCGUCUUCAUCGUCCGCCACGGCGAAACCGAAUGGUCCCUCGACGGCCGCCACACAGGCGUCUCAGACAUCCCGCUCACAGCCAACGGCGAGAAGCGUGUGCGCGCAACGGGCAAAGCCCUCGUCGGCGCCGACCGCCUCAUCGUCCCCGGCAACCUCGCUCACAUCUACGUCUCCCCGCGCACCCGCGCCCAGCGCACCCUCGAACUCCUGCACCUCGGCUGCCGCGACCGGUACCCAUGGCACGACGCCUCGCACACCCCAGAGCCGGGCGCCUCGCUCGACAUCCGCACCAACGCGCGCGUCGAGAUCACGCCCAGCGUGCGCGAGUGGGACUACGGCGACUACGAGGGCAUCAAGAGCGCGGAGGUGCGCGCGCUGCGGGCCUCGCGCGGGCUGAACGCCGACUGGGACAUUUGGCGCGACGGGUGCGAGGGGGGUGAGAGCCCGGAGGACGUGAGUGCGCGCCUGGACGCGCUGAUUGCAGAGCUCAGGGAGAAGUACCACCGCGGGCGGUUUGUGGGCGAGGGCGGCGAGGGGCCGAAUGAUGUGCUGAUUGUGGCGCAUGGGCAUAUUCUCAGGGCGUUUGCGGCGCGGUGGAUUGGGAAGCCGUUGAAGGAUAAUCCGAGUUUGAUCCUUGAGGCGGGGGGUGUGGGGACGUUGAGCUAUGAGCAUCAUAGUAUUGAUGAGCCGGCGAUCUUGCUGGGGGGUGCGUUUGUGGUCGAGAAGGAGGAGAAGUAGGAACCAGAGCUCAGUGGUGUGCAGUGGCAAGGAAAGUAGGAGGCAUGUGAUGUAUAGCAGCAGUGAGUUAUAUGCAUUGAAUCAGCGUGGAGCUCUGCAGGUCCUUGACCACCAGACUCAAGAAGAGGAGCUUCAACAAGUCGCGUUCUGCAAAAGCAGGUCAGUCUGAGUAUCUUUCGCAUUGCUUGGUCUGCGCGUGUAGUAUCUUUUUGUCUUUUCCAUAUCGCCACACAUCUCUGAGCCUUUCCUCCUUGUCGCUUCCCACCAACCUUUUCUGCGCUGCUCUCACAUCUUCAUCACCGACUGGUACUCCGUCGUCUUCUUCUUCGCCACCUUCUCGAACGUCUCCCGGUUCUUGAUAGACCACAGGCCAAUCUC